AUGAGCAAUUUAAAAGUGGCUGUAAUUGACUUUCUUGAGAAUCCAGUAUUCCCUAUUAUACUAGGUGUUGGAUCUGUUGUAGUGCUAGCAACAGUUAUUGCAAAAUGUGUUUGGGGUAAAAAAUCAAAGACCUCCAAAAAGCUAGUCGCACUUGUGGAUCCAAAUACUAAAUACCCACUGCCAUUGAUAGAAAGAGAAGAAAUCAGUCACGAUACUAGAAGGUUCAGAUUUGGAUUACCUUCAUCUGAGCAUGUUUUAGGAUUACCUAUAGGCCAACAUAUUCAUCUGUCAGUAAAAAUAGAUGAUGACCUCAUCAUAAGAGCUUACACUCCAGUGUCCAGUGAUGAGGAUAAAGGAUACGUCGAUUUAGUUAUUAAGGUAUAUUUCAAAAAUGUACAUCCGAAAUUCCCAGAAGGUGGAAAAAUGUCUCAGUACUUGGAUAACAUGAAAAUAGGAGACACAAUUGAUUUUCGGGGACCAUCAGGACGUCUGCAGUACACCGGCAAUGGAACAUUCUUAAUCAAAAAAAUGAGGAAAGAUCCUCCCGUGAAAGUUGUUGUCAAGAAAUUAAACAUGAUUGCUGGUGGCACUGGUAUCACGCCAAUGUUACAGCUUGUUAGGCAUAUAUGUAAGGACCCCAGUGACCGCACAGAAAUGAGGUUGCUCUUCGCUAAUCAGACCGAGGAAGAUAUUUUGCUAAGAGAUGAACUUGAAAAGUAUCAGAAUGAACACCCUAAUCAAUUCAAAGUAUGGUAUACUUUAGAUAGACCAACAGAAGGAUGGAAAUACAGCGCAGGUUUCAUCAAUGACGAAAUGAUUAAAGAGCACAUGUUUCCUGCUGGUGAUGAUGUGUUUGUGCUUAUGUGUGGACCCCCGCCUAUGAUUAAUUUCGCGUGUAAUCCAGCCUUAGAAAAACUGGGUUUCAAGGAAACUCAACGGUUUGCGUACUAA